AUGCAAAUCGCUUACAAUACUGUGCUCCUUUCGUCCCUUUAUGUCAAUUCGGUAAUUAUUCACAUAAGAACAGACACCUCCAUGAAAACUGCAUCCAACUAUUUAAUUUUGAAUCAAGCAUGCGCUGACCUGCUGGUUGGAAAUUCCUUGUUAUUGCUAAUUUCCCACAGUUUUGAAUUAGGAAACCUAUGGUUUGGGCGAGGGUUGGGUCAGGCCACUUGCAGCUUGCUUUUGUGAGCAUAAGUAAGCCACCCUUCUUUUCAGUUUGCUUUUAUCAUAAUAGCUAUUAAUCGCUUUUAUGCUGCAAGUCGGCCAUUAGAAAUAUCUCCGAUAUCUAUAGAUAAAAUAAAAUAUGCGGCUUCUUCAACACAUGUAAUUGUAAACAAAUUAGUUACUCAAGUCGAGGGAUGCUAUAAUUGCAAUUUCUUAGACACAUGGAUAACGUUUUAGCACGUCAUGGCCACAAUAAGCUUUGCCUUACCUUUGGUGAUAGUAUUGUUGCUUUACACUAUUGUAUGCCGCAAACUUUGGUCACGUGAGGUACCAGAGGAAGGAGCCAAUCAUAAUCAAGCACAAGCACAAGUUCUUCAAACAUCACGAAAAGUUACCCGUAUGAUGAUUGUGGCUGUUGUUUUAUUCCUACUGUGUUGGCGGCUUCCGUAUGUUUUUAGAUUA